UAAACCUCAUCGAAGAAGAAAGAAGCUCGUGUGCCUGUUAUCCCUCGGAUUCAUAUGCUCACGCUUUGCUUUUUCUGCCAUUCUGCGCUUCGACUCAACAAUGUUUCUGUUGAAGUCCGGCAAGGUGAUCUCCAGUAUUGGGACUUUCUCCCCGUCCCUGGGAGUUUUGUCUACACGUAACAGUUCAUGGUGGGGUGGGGUGCAGAUGGGGCCCCCUGACCCCAUCCUGGGGGUGUCGGAGGCCUUCAAGAGGGACACCAGUCCGAAGAAGAUGAACCUGGGGGUGGGGGCCUACAGGGACGACCACGGCAAACCCUUUGUGCUCGAUUGUGUCCGCAAGGCAGAGGCUCUGAUUUCUUCCAAGCAGUUGGAUAAGGAGUAUCUGGCCAUCGGUGGUCUGGGGGACUUCACCAAGUCCUGCGCUCUGCUAGCCCUGGGGGCUGACAGCGAGGUCCUCAAGAGUGGCAGGAACAUCACUGUCCAGACCAUCUCAGGAACCGGCUCACUGUGCAUCGGAGCCAACUUCCUGUCUCGUUUCCACAGUGCGUCCCGUGACGUGUACCUGCCCAAGCCCUCCUGGGGGAACCACACACCCAUCUUCAGAGAUGCUGGCAUGCAGCUGAAAGCCUACCGCUACUACGACCCCUCCACCUGCGGCUUCGACUUCAACGGGGCGCUCGACGACAUCUCUAAAAUGCCAGAGAAGAGUGUGAUCAUGCUGCAUGCCUGUGCCCAUAACCCCACCGGUGUGGACCCCAAGCCUGAGCAGUGGAAAGAGAUCGCUGACCUGGUGAAGAAAAGGGACCUGUUGGUGUUCUUUGACAUGGCCUACCAGGGCUUUGCCAGUGGAGAUAUUGAUCGUGAUGCCUGGGCUGUUCGUCACUUCAUCGAGCAGGGCCACAACAUUGUCCUGUCGCAGUCGUUCGCUAAGAACAUGGGCCUCUAUGGUGAGCGAGUGGGAGGGUUCACUGUGGUGUGUAACGAUGCCGAGGAAGUUAAGAGGGUGGAGUCUCAGCUGAAGAUUCUGAUCCGGCCAAUCUACUCCAACCCUCCAAUGAAUGGAGCCAGAAUCGCUGCCACUAUUCUCAACACACCAGACCUUUAUAAAAUAUGGUUGGGGGAGGUCCACGGCAUGGCCAACCGCAUCAUCAAGAUGAGGGAGCAGCUGGCGGCCAACCUGAAGAGUGAGGGCUCCACUCACAAUUGGCAGCAUGUCAUCGACCAAAUAGGCAUGUUCUGCUUCACAGGCCUCAAGCCUGAACAGGUUGAGCGUCUGACUAAGGAGUUUUCAGUGUACAUGACCAAAGAUGGUAGAAUCUCCAUGGCAGGUGUCACCUCCGGUAACGUAGGAUACCUAGCACAUGGAAUCCACGCUGUCACUAAGUAAAAAGGAGAAUGCUGGGAGAAACAGUGGGGCACGGUGGCGCUGGACACAAUCCUUAACAAAAUAAUAAUGCCCACUCCACCCACCCCUUACAGAGGAGCUGGACAUUCUUUAAGACUGUAAAUUGUUCAACUUUGACCUCAACAACGAGGCCACCAUGUCAAAGGUUGUUUAGUGAUGGUCCAAUGAUCUGCCCUACAUUUGACAAAAGGUCUGAUGUCUGUCUUCUACGCUUAUUUAUUAUAUGUCAAAGUUUAAUAUGAAUUAACUUAAUAAAUGGCUUAAUAAUGA